AACACUUACAGUGCAUCUAUCUGUGGCAAUUCUUGCAGACGAAUACAAAAAGAAAAAUAAAUUUUUAAAUAUAUAUAUUCUUAUAUCAACAAAAGAGGAGCAUAUGAAAAGAAGACAUUUGAAUUAAUCUGGAGUGAAAAAUUACUGGCAGGUGUCUUCUGAUUCACUCAGAUAUUUGGAUUUCUUUCUGUUGCAUUGGAUAUAAACAGACGAUUUUAAAAAUGAUGAACGCUACGAGUCCUCUUGCUCCAAACAAUCCUAACAAUACCACGGAUUCGAUUAAAAAUAUUUCAUGGGACGAUGCAACAUGGAUAAUGACCAGUUCUUUUAUAAUCUUCACCAUGCAAUCAGGCUUCGGUCUUCUGGAAUCAGGUUACGUGAAUCGGAAGAACGAAGUCAACAUCAUGGUGAAAAAUGCCAUUGACGUCAUCUUCGGAGGCCUUGGCUAUUGGAUGUUUGGAUACGCCUUCUCUUUCGGAGAAGAACCGGGAUCCAACUUUUUUAUAGGAAUCGGUGGCUUUUUCCUGGAUGCCCAGGAAAAAGACAUGGGUAUGGUGUUCUCCACUUACAUCUUCCAGCUAUCCUUUGCCACCACGGCCACCACCAUCGUGUCUGGUGCCAUGGCAGAGAGGUGCAAUUUCGUGGCUUAUUGCCUCUUCUCGUUCUUCAACACCGUCAUCUUCUCCCUGCCUGCAGGAUGGGUGUGGACCACAAGAGGUUUCCUCAGUGCUUUGAAUGUGGUCGACAUCGCUGGCUGCUCGGCUGUUCAUCUCGUCGGUGGAACCUCUGCUCUGGUGGCAGCUAUCAUGCUCAAGCCCCGGUUGGGGCGCUACGACAAUGAAAACACUUCCUCUCUCUCCCUGGGUUCGCCCACUAAUGCUCUGGUUGGAAUGUUUAUGUUAUGGUGGGGAUGGCUUGGAUUCAACUGCGGCAGUACAUUUGGAGUCUCUGGCCAUAAGUGGAAAUACGCUGCAAGAUCUGCAAUCGUUACGAUAAAUUCUUCUGUAGGAGGAGGAAUUGCUGCGCUGGUUUUUAGUUACUUCACUCAUCGUAAAAAAUUCAUUGUGACGUAUCUCAUCAACGGCAUCCUGGCAUCACUCGUGGCGAUUACAGGUGGCUGUGCACUCUAUCAUCCUUGGGAGGCUCUCAUUGUGGGUGCCGUAGGUUCCAUACUGGCUAACUGUACUGUACCAUUACUGGACAAACUUCAUGUGGAUGACCCUGUGGGUGCCAUAGCUGUGCAUGGUGCAGGAUCUAUUUGGGGAAUGCUGGCCGUUGGUCUCUUCGUGGAGAGAGACACCCUCAUGGAAUUGAGUCACGGUUUGACGGGGCUGUUCAGAGGAGGCGGAUGGAAGCUACUUGGAGUACAGAUUCUUGCUGUCUUAGUGGUGUCGACGUGGAGCAUGGUGGCAACAUUUUUACUGCUUUUCGUAAUCAACAAGUUCGUUCCCAUUCGCAUGAGUCCGGAAGAAGAGAGAGCUGGAGCCGAUCUUGUGGAACAUAACAUUCGAUACGACUACGACCCUUCAGCUAAUCAUUAUCCCAAAUUGGACAUCGCCACUAUUAACACCAUCAGGAUGUACAUAGAAUCAGUAUCGAGUGCACAAACUCAAAAUGCCGGUGGAAAGCCGCCAGAAAAACUAAAUUCUGCUACCCAAACUGAGGAUACAUCUCCAGUUAAGAUCUCGAUACAGCCGGACGAUGUAGAAACCACCAUUGUCCUUCCUAAGGAAGUUGUCGUCGUCCGCACUGACAGGGAUGUUCUGACUGCCUGGAUGUCAGAUGAUGAAAAGGACAUGAUUGCUAAAAGGCUGCCGAAAUGAUAAUGGGUCAUCUUUAUAGGUUGCAGAGAUUUCUAUUAAAAACAAUUUAUGGUACUAUUUCGUACUUGUGUUAUCAACUUAUUGUCACUUUUAAUAAAAAUAUCGAAAUUCUUGAUAAUCAAGAGAAAAUAUCUAAAUAUAUCUUCAAGGUGCAAAGUUUUGUAAAAAAAUCUAUGAAUAAAGAAUUCAGUGACAAUUGAAAAAAAUGGAAUAUUUUUGAAGUGGAAAAUUUUUUCAUUUCGAUCAAAUUUGCUCUUAAAUUUAUCUCAAUUUAAGAACAAAUAUGAAUACGAACGAGCAGACCACUGGUAAAAAGCAAGAAAAAUGUGGAAUGAAUCUGAAUGAAUGGAAUAUUUGAAAGAAAACGAAUAAAUAAAGCACUGAGAAAAUAUAAAUGAGGGAAUUCUUAAAAUACAUAAAGGAAUAAAAAGUUUAGAAAGGACACAAAUGAAUUAAACGUAGAUUGUAAGAAGAAUGUAACAUUGUAAGAAUGAAUGUAACAGUAGAGAAAAAAGAAAAAGGACAAUACUGAAACGAACUAAUGAAAACACUGGAAUGAGGUGACAUGAAUAGAAUAUAGGAAUUCAGACAACUCUGCAAUGAGGUGACGAGUAGAAUAUUGGAAUUCAGACAACGCUGGAAUAAGGCGACAUGAAUAGAAUACUUGAAUUCAGACAUCACUGGAAUGAGGUGACAUGAAUAGAAUACUUGAAUUCAGACAUCACUGGAAUGAGGUGACAUGAGUAGAAUACUGGACAUCAGACAGCAAUGGAAUGAGGUGACAUGAGUAGAAUAUCGGAAUUCAGACAACACUGGAAUGAGAUGACAUGAAUAGAAUACUGGAAUUCAGACAGCACUGGAAUGAAUAUACAUGAUUUGAAAGAAGCCAGUUAUUCGGGGUUUUUUAAUAAAUAAGCUGUGAUUUUGGAUCUCAACAUUCACGGAGCUGCUUAAAUGAUUUGGAAAAAAAAGUGUUCCAAGUGUCAAAAAUUGACACAAAUUUUAUUGACUUACUCUUUUUAUAUGCCAUUGAGAAAGUGUGAAUUUUAGGAGC